AUGGUGCGGAAAGUUGCUGGCCCAUCAGAAUACCUAGCUAUAACUGGUUCCGGUAUCACAGACAUCAAGCUAUCCAAGAAAGCAUGGAUUUGGCCUUUCCAAAAGUGCGUCAAAUUUGAUGUUUCUCCUGUUAACUACACGUUUCAAUUGAUAUCUCCUCAUGAUAAGCUCUCUCACCAUGUUACGGAGCUUGUUCAGGGUGUCAUUGCGGGUGAGACUCGUGUUUUGGCUGCGUCUAUGACUAUGGAGGAAGUUUUUAAGGGGACUAAGGAGUUUAAGAAGGAGCUUGUUGAUGUUCCUGGCCAUGAUUACUUUUCUUAUCUUGGUCAGAAAACCCAGAUGGAGGCUGCUAAUCAAGCCAAGCCCUUAAAAGACCUCCUCCUUAGUCAUAGGCGCAACCAAGACAAGCUCCGUGACAUGUUGAGAGUGCUUUUCAUAAAGAGAUAUCAAUUUAGCCUAAAGAGAAAGGCUAUGGAGAUCGUCAACUCGAGGCCCAAUGGUGAAAAAAGCAGGAAGACAAAGGGAAGAUUCUCAGCGCUCGUUGCAUCAACUUUGAAUGUGUAG